AUGGCGAUACAGGCAAUUCAUGCUGUCACCUACUUUCUCGUUUUGAACGUUUUCUUCGUGUCUUCCGAUUCGUCUGACAUUCAGUUGAGCGAGAGCUUCGGUGGCCCUCACGGAGACGAUUUUUCUGACGAAAACGGCGUAUCGGCUGGACAAAUUAUCGGGUCUAUCACUUUACAUGUCGGAGAGCGAUGUCAUGGACUCGAGCUCCAAGUCACCGCACCCGUAGCGCAAACUUUCACGCAUGGCGGACCCGGCGGAGAUCUUAACACAUUGACGCUCAAUGCAGGAGAGUACAUCACAUCGAUGGAGGCGCAGUGGGAUAAGCACGACGGCCACACUCGCAUCUUCUACUUGAAUUUCGGUACAAACACUGGGAAAUCAGUGUCUGGAGGGUCGAUGACAGACAGUAAGAGCACCGUUACCGCACCAGAGGGAUUUCAAUUAGGAGGUUUCUUUGGUCGACAAGGCGAUGAACUCGAUCUCCUCGGUGCAAUCUGGACUAGGAUCGAGGCUGUUACACCAGCACCAGUAGUCGACUUACCCGGCACAGUAGCCCCUGCGGACGUACAAGACCCAGCGACAAAACCGCCAGGCUCUACAACGGUGACAAAGAGAGCGACACAGCUAAGUGGAAGUUUUGGUGGACCUCAUGGCGACCAAUUUUCUGAUCUGUCGUCCGUGAAGUCAGGACAAAAAGUGAAGUCACUUACGCUUCACGUUGGAGAUCGUUGCCACGGCCUUGAGCUCCAAAUUGCGGAGCCUGUUGCCAAAUCAUUUGCUCACGGCGGGGAAGGCGGAAACUACAAGACUCUUACACUUCGUGAGGGCGAAUAUAUCACGUCAAUGGAGGCUCACUGGGGAAAGAAAGAUGAUCACACACGCAUUUUCUAUCUCAGUUUUGAGACGAAUUUUGGAAUUAAAGUUUCUGGAGGAACGAAGACGGACACGAUGAGCAUUGUGUCGGCCCCUGAAGGUUAUCAAUUGGGUGGAUUCUUUGGUCGAGACGGAGACGAAAUUGACCUGAUUGGUGUGGUCUGGUCGAGUAUUGAGGUUGUAGAGGAGGUCCCCGUAUCUGCUCUCAGUGCUGAUGAAGAUAUCCAGCUUAGCGACGUCUUUGGCGGUCCACACGGUAUCGCAUUUUCCGACAUUAACUCGAUCAAACUGAGUCAAACCGUUAGUACUAUUACGCUGCGUACGGGAGAUCGAUGUCAUGGAAUAUCGCUGGGAAUUUCAUCGCCAAAGGAUGCCAUGUUCUCUCACGGUGGAAAUGGUGGAGAAGAACACACACUCACUCUAGCUCCAGGAGAGUACAUCACGUCGAUGGAGGCACACUGGGGGAAGAAAAAUGACCACACACGGAUUUUUCAUCUAAACUUCACAACUAACGCCGGUCACUCCAUCUCUGGUGGAGGGACUACAGAUGAUAAAAUGGUUGUGACAGCUCCUGAAGGGUUUCAAUUGAGUGGCUUCCACGGUCGUUCUGAAUCGGAAAUUGACCAACUCGGCGUCAUUUGGACACGAAUUGGAGCGAAGGAUCUCGAAUUAACGGACAUGCCUGUCGGUGGUAAUGAUACGACUGGAAUAUCUAUCCGUAACUGGGUAGGACCCAAUGUUGCAAGUCCUAGUGAUACAGCAUGCUAUCGAAAAUCAGUUGGGUUUGGUAGCGGUAGCGUUUGUCCUCUGGGGUACGGCAACGACGGUGACGAUUGCUUGGCUGAAUGUCCAUUAUCGUAUCCUGUGAGGUGCUACGCGGAAUGUAUUCCUCAAAAUGACGACUGCGCGUUAGAAAUUAUGACGAAAAUUGGGUCUGUCGUCGUCGUGGCGUUCAAUCUUGCAACGGCAAACGUGUUCGGAGAAAUGCUGGCUCUAGCCAAGGCUACGACGCAGGCGAUAAAGUGCGCUGCGAACAUCGUCUCAGUCGUGAGGAGCCUCAUCUAUUUCCUUCGAUACCAGCAAACCACAGCCCCUCAAGGAGACACGGAACAGCUCCUUAUAAUGGCGUACCAAUCUGACGUUGUUCUCAUUGAUCUACCUGUGGCGGUGUGUGUUUGUUUCGGAUUACCUGUUCCAAAGAAAACAAAAUACGCGAAAAUAGUACUCGCCACUGUAGAAGGCAUUGUCAAGCAAGCUAUCACGAACGGAGAUAAAAUUCUUUCUUCGGGGGAAAAUGCCCUCAAUUUACUCACGGGUAGCGGCGCAAUAAACAGUUCGUCAACUACAGUUGACGAGCUCCAAGGUCUCAUUGACAAGAAUUCCAGUUGCGGAUGGGAGUUGAAGCGUCUUACAGACCGAGUUGUGUACACAGUCAAUGACGUUCGCAACAAUACGCCAGACGCCGCAGUCAACGAUAUCAGAGUCACGGUGUACUCAUCAACCAUUGUGUUGAACGACAUCCCUAGAGUCACCAACAAUUGUAUGGGCGAGCUUCUGGCCUCUAAAACGAUGUCAGCCGCCUACGAGACGCGGGAUUUACUUCGAAAAACGUUUGGGGUGAUCGUCGACCAGUUGAUCGAGAAGGCCAGCACGGACAUGGGCGCGUCAGUCGCCGAAGACGAAUACAUGCUUGAGAUCAGCAACAUGGGUCUGGUGGCUCUGUCUGCUGUAGAUCCCACAGGUAUCGCGUACAUGGCGUCUCAAUUUGUGCAGCCCACUUGUGGUCCUACUGCGUACCUCGGUGAGAUCGAUGAUGGUACAUUGUACGAUGCGCUGAGUCUCACAACCGUUGACGAAGCAUUUGAAGGUAGCUAUGGAUCAUGGACCAAGGUGGGCGAUGGAGUGGUUCGCCUUAUUUUUAAGAGCACUGACACGGAGUAUGUGACAGUGGUUGUUCAUUCGGGCGGAGAUGAUAAUGCCAAGGUGGAUGUCGGAGCUGGAGAAACAGUGAUUUGGGAGUUCACCAUUUCAGAGCUACAUGACAAGAAUAUGUACCUCGAUCGUUGGCGUCCAGGUUUAUUUGGCUUGCCUGGCUCAGGUGGGGGAUCGUUGUUGUUAUGGAUACCUCGUGCGUCAGAGGGUGGCCAUAUCACGAUGUACGUGCGGAUCAAUGUAAGUUGA